AUGGAGCUGUCCGAGGUCCGGUGCUCCAGCGCCAGCGAGGAGCUCUACACCAUCAACAAGACCCCGAGCAGCAGCAACAACAGCAACAGCAGCGGCAGCGCCAGACCCAAGCGGCUGCUGUGGCAGAACGCGGUGCGGCACAUCACCGAGCAGCGGUUCAUCCAUGAGCAGGGCGGGGGAGGCGGAGGAGGGGUGAAGGGCAUCGGGCCGGACGAGCCCUACGACCCGAGCCAGGACGCGCGGAAGCAGUCUGCGGGGCGGACGUCGGUGGGAGACCGGCACAACAACGGCGGGACCAAGGUGUUCCCGGAGCGCGCCAGCAGCGACCUGGGGUUCCUGCAGAUCGACUGCGCGCCGAGCAACUCGGACUUCUUCCUGAACUGGGGCUACACGUACCGGGGCGUCAUCUUCCCCACGCUGCGGAACGCCUUCAAGUCCCGCGACCUGGAGCGGCUCUACCAGCGCUACUUUCUGGGCCAGAGGCGCAAGUCGGUGGUGGUGAUGAACAUACUGGACGUGGUGACCAAGCUCACCCUGCUGGUGCUGCACCUCACCCUGGCCUCCUCCCCCAUGGACCCGAUCAAAGGGACACUGCUGGGCUUCUUCACGGGCAUCGAAGUUGUCAUUUGUGCCUUAGUGGUGGUGCGGAAGGACACCACGUCGCACAGCUACCUGCAGUACAGCGGCGUGGUCACCUGGGUGGCCAUGGCCACGCAGAUCCUGGCGGCCGGGCUGGGCUACGGGCUGCUGGGGGACGGGGUGGGCUACGUGCUCUUCACCCUCUUCGCCACCUACAGCAUGCUGCCGCUGCCGCUCACCUGGGCCAUCCUGGCCGGUCUGUUCACCUCGGGGCUCCACAUCCUGGUCCAGAUGCUCAUCUCCCAGAAUGCACAGCUCUCUACAAACCAGGUAGCGGCUCAGGCUGUGUUGUUCCUGUGUAUGAACACUGCUGGGAUAUUCAUCAGCUACCUGUCUGACCGGGCUCAGCGUCAGGCCUUCCUGGAGACGCGGCGCUGCAUCGAGGCUCGGCUACGACUCGAGACGGAGAACCAGAGACAGGAGAGGCUGGUGUUAUCAGUCCUUCCACGUUUUGUAGUUUUGGAAAUGAUCAACGACAUGACAAAUGUAGAGGACGAACACCUCCAGCAUCAGUUCCACAGAAUCUACAUCCACCGCUAUGAGAAUGUCAGCAUUCUUUUCGCAGAUGUUAAAGGCUUCACAAACCUCUCCACGACGCUGUCGGCGCAGGAGCUGGUGCGAAUGUUGAAUGAACUCUUUGCACGUUUCGACCGCCUCGCACAUGAGAACCACUGUCUACGAAUAAAGAUCCUGGGAGACUGUUACUACUGUGUGUCUGGACUACCGGAGCCCAGACAGGAUCACGCCCACUGCUGUGUGGAGAUGGGCCUCAGCAUGAUCAAAACCAUCAGAUAUGUGAGGUCACGUACGAAACACGACAUCGACAUGCGUAUCGGGAUCCACUCGGGCUCGGUGCUGUGCGGCGUGCUGGGACUCAGGAAGUGGCAGUUUGACGUCUGGUCCUGGGACGUGGACAUCGCCAACAAGCUGGAGUCUGGAGGGAUCCCAGGGAGGAUUCACAUCUCUAAAGCAGCUCUGGACUGUUUGAACGGCGACUACGAGGUGGAGGAGGGCCACGGGAAGGACCGCAACGACUUUCUGCGCCGCCACAACAUCGAGACGUACCUCAUCAAGCAACCGGAGGAGAGCAUGCUCACCCUGCCCGAGGACAUCAUGAAGGAAGCGGCCAGUUCAGCCGACCGCCGGGCCAGCAGCACCACGUUUAAUGAGGCAUCCUGGAGCCCAGAACUGCCCUUUGACAACAUCGUGGGAAAGCAGAACACUCUGGCUGCCCUAACGAGAAAUUCGAUAAAUCUGCUUCCAAACCAUCUCGCACAAGCUUUGCAUGUCCACUCUGGUCCUGAGGAAAUUAACAAGCGAAUAGAGAGCGCCAUCGACUUACGGAGUGGCGAUAAGUUGAGAAGAGAGCAUAUCAAGCCUUUCUCACUGAUGUUUAAAGACUCCAGCCUGGAAGAGAAGUACUCCCAGAUGAGGGAUGAGGUGUUCAAAUCCAACCUGGUGUGCGCCUUCAUCGUGCUCAUCUUCAUCACCACCAUCCAAAGCCUGCUUCCCUCAGCCAGGAUGGUAACCAUGGUGAUCCAGUUCUCAGUCCUCAUCGUCCUGCAUUCCUGUCUGGUCUUAGUUACCACAGCGGAGGACUACAAGUGUCUGCCUCUGGUACUGCGCAAAGCCUGCUGCUGGAUCAACGAAACAUACGCGGCCAGAAACGUCAUCAUCUUCGUUUCGAUCCUCAUCAACUUCCUGGCAGCCAUGAUCAAUAUACUGUGGUGUGACUUCGACAAGUCCAGCACCUUCAGGAACCAGACGUACAACGAGUCGGCCUCCAUCCCAGACAUCUGCUUCUACCCAGAGUAUUUUGUGUUCACGGGGGUGCUGGCCAUGGUGACGUGUGCUGUGUUCCUGCGGCUGAACUCGGUGCUGAAGUUGGCAGUUCUGCUGCUGAUGAUCGCCAUCUACUCGCUACUGACCGAAGCCUUCUACACCUCGCUGUUCGUCCGCUAUGACACCGUCCACCACAACACAGAGAACUUCCUGGGGACCAAAGAGACGUCUCUGCUUCUGAUGGCCAUGUUCCUUCUCGCUGUGUUUUACCACGGACAGCAGCUGGAGUACACGGCGCGGCUGGACUUCCUGUGGCGCGUCCAGGCCAAAGAGGAGAUCAAUGAGAUGAAGGAGCUGCGAGAACACAACGAGAACAUGCUGAGGAACAUCCUGCCCAGCCACGUGGCGCGACACUUCCUGGAGAAGGACCGGGACAACGAGGAGCUGUACUCGCAGUCGUACGACGCUGUGGGCGUCAUGUUUGCAUCCAUCCCGGGCUUCGCAGACUUCUACUCCCAGACUGAGAUGAAUAACCAGGGAGUGGAGUGCCUUCGGCUCCUAAACGAAAUCAUUGCAGACUUUGACGAGCUGCUCGGUGAGGAUCGUUUCCAGGACAUCGAGAAGAUCAAGACGAUCGGCAGCACCUACAUGGCCGUAUCUGGUCUGUCUCCUGAGAAACAGCAAUGUGAAGAUAAAUGGGGUCACCUGUGUGCGCUGGCCGACUUCGCCAUCGCCCUCAACGAGAGUAUCCAGGAGAUCAACAAGCACUCGUUCAACAACUUUGAGCUGAGGAUCGGUAUGGCCCACGGCUCAGUGGUGGCAGGUGUGAUCGGAGCCAAGAAGCCUCAGUACGACAUCUGGGGGAAGACGGUGAACCUGGCCAGCCGGAUGGACAGCACGGGGGUCAGCGGCAAGAUCCAGGUCCCCGAGGACACAUACCUGAUCCUAAAGGAGCGCGGCUUCGCCUUCGAGUACCGGGGAGAGAUCUACGUGAAGGGCAUCAGCGAGCAGGAGGGCAAGAUCAGAACGCACUUCCUGCUGGGCCGCGUGCAGCCCAACCCGCUCAUCAUGCAGCCGCGCAAGAUCCAGGGCCAGUACUCUCUGGCUGCCGUGGUGCUGGGCCUGGUGCAGUCGCUCAACAGGCAGAAGCAGAAGCAGAUCCUCAACGAGAACAACAACUCUGGCAUCAUGAAGGGCCACCACCACUACAACCGCAGGACGUUGUUAGCGCCCGGGAGCUCCGAGGUGGGAGGGGGGCAUCACACCGAGGCGGCGGAUAAGACUGAGCUGUCCUGAAGACAAGACUGGAGUUUCAGUUCCAUGCACAUUUCUCAGAGGCAGAGCCGCUCUGCAGGCACAAACCAUCCUGCUGGUUAGUUAAACUGCAGUGGGGGAAAGAUUACUGAGAGUAAAAACAACACGGGUCAUCAAAGCAACUUUAGUAUCCGAGUACUGAAACUUAUCUCUGGUGUUUUACAGUAACUCAUGCAGGUCUGAUGUUUAUUGAUGGCUGUUUCCCUGUUUGGAACAAAAGCUGAUCCAUCAGAGCUUUGUAGUCAGGGUUAAUAAUCAUGUUCCUGAACCAGAACCAGAAAUGGCAAAAUGUGUGGAUGAGCUGGAUGCAUCUGACUCUAACGUUUCAAUAAGGAUAUGUGUACUUGUUGUGUUAGGGAUUAUGAUAAAUAACCAACAAUAAGAAAAAGGAAAAACAACUCAUGAAGGAGACACAUGUAACCACACAUACGUUUUAUUGUUUUAGCUUAUGAGAGAGUGUUUAAAUCUCUUUUUUCUGCUAAUUUAAGUUCCUGACUCCUGGACUACACUCACAACACAGAGAUGACACAUGUCACUGUAUCAGUAAGGACUGGUGGGUUAUAUCAGAUGUUCGGCAGGCACACAGCUAAACUCGAUGUAAAGACUUGUGGAUGUUGCUGCACGUGUUUAUGAUGAUGCACACAACAUCAUGGUGUGACCUGUUCAAGUCCUGAGAGUUUGUCCAAGCUGAACUCUCCCAGACAGUUGGACUGGGACUCAGUUACCUGCUUGUCUUUUGGCUGCUAAAGAUUAAAAAUUGGUAAAGUGGUUAAGUCCGUUUAUGUUCAGAAAAUAGUCAUUUUAAAUUAGCAAAUUGCUGCUGGUCGACGCAGAGAAAGGUGUUAUCGGUUGGGACAACUCCAAAGAUCCCAAGGUGGUGCCAUUUUACAAAAGCAGUUUGCAAAAGUGUUCCACUGAUCUACAGGUUAACACCAAAAAAAACCCCAACAACAAUGCACCAAAAAGACGAGGAAGAGAAAGACUGCCAGCUAAUAUAAGAAAGUAGCUUUCUGAAUGUCUUGUGAGGAAGGACUUUGUUAGAUCUGGAGGAUCAACACUGUUAUAGCUGAAUGUAAACAGAAACUUGUUUACUAGAAGAGUCUGUGUUCAUCCUACAACCAGGUGCAGGAAAAAGAUGCUGCGUACUCAUUCCAGAUAAUCUGCAGGCUAAUUAGCAGGUUAACUGAGCUGGUUCAGACUUUGCCAUUGAAAGGUAACAAACCUGCUGACCUUCCAACAUCAUGAAUGUCACCUAAGAAUGAAAGAAGUCACUUAAAAAGUUUCACCAAAGUUGCUUCGUUUCAAGUUUAGCCAGUUAGCCCAAAAAGGUUUCUCUGGCUCCUCCCACUCAGGUUUACCUCAACCAAUGAGAUUGUUUCCCCUCCUGAAGCUGCUCUGCUUUUGAUGAAUAUCUGUAGAACUGAAGCUCCACUUUGUUCCUGCAGGAGGAUGAAAAGGAGGAUGAAGAGGAGGAGGAGGAGGAGGUGGUGGGGUAUGGAGGGAGGGACCGGACAGGACCGCUGCGUUCUGUGUCCUCCCCCUCGUCUGUUCGAUGUCCGUUCGAAUGAUUCCCCCCCAGACUGUCUGACGUUCCUCCUGUCAUUUCCCCUUUUUAUGUCGACCCGGCCCCGCCCAAACCCAGACACCCCGCCCUGCUCUGACCCUCGCCCGGAGUCGAUGUUUCUUUUUUGUAUUUCUUUUAUAUAUGAGAACACAAUAAAGGGGUCUAAUUUUUU